AUGGCCUACAAAGUGCUUUUUCUGGUUGUCUGUGCUGGUCUGUGCUUCACGAUACCUUGCUUAGGCUCCGUACAGCAUCCGACGCUGUCGUCAUGCUCUCUGGCGCAGGACCUGACCGUCAGUGGCGUGAGCAUAUCCAACGCCAAGGUGGGCCAAACGAUGCUGUUUAACUACACGGGUGACCUGACGACCCUCCUGGCGAACUCCCCAGUGUUAAACCUUACAAUGACCGCGAAAACAUCAGGAAACAUAAUCCCAUGCUUUUUGAACGUGGGAUCAUGUCAGUACAAGCUGUGCGGCGGUACCACCACCAUUGAACAAGAGAUCGGGGCGCCGUGGGACAACAGGGGCCCGAUCUCAGUCAUGACCUACACGAGCAGCGUCGCCAUUGCAAUACCGUCUGAGGCGUCUGUGGUCAUUGGGGACGGAAAAAUGCACCUCAAGAUCGUUGCAAUGAAUGGCGGCAGUGUCAUUGGGUGCACGGAGCUCGACUUCAACAUCACGGAAAAUUAA